AUGGAGCAGGUCAAUGAAGAUCAAUCUUUAUCCCGAAAGGUGCCGAGACUGGUGUACCCUCCAGUUCUUGAGAAGAAGUCCCCAAAACCAAAGCCAGUUCUGGAAUAUCAUUUGAUCGAAAAAAAGAUCACCAAUGCCAUUACUGAUUUCAAGGCGGGCAAAUAUACAAGCUUGGCUGAAGCUGGACGAGCCUACGGGAUCACCGAAAGAGCUGGAUACUUUCGUCUACGCGCUCGUGCUGCAGGAAGAGCAUCUAAGUCCGACCGCCUCAAGAAUGGAAGCCAACGCCUGAGUCCAGAGCAGGAGAUUACCCUUUGCCAAUUCGUUGAUUCGCUGGAGGAUGUUCGUGCACUUCACCGCAAGAUCGGGGAGAAGGCUUACAGUAUGUUGUGCGAGGAGCUUACCGCUGACGAUCCGCCACCACGACCUCUUGGGAAACAAUGGCCUGCUCGGUUCCUGGAACGUCACCCAGGUAUCAUGGCUCGCCGUCCGGAGCCACUUGUCUCACCGGGAUCUAGAGAGUCAGAACGCGAGACAACUUCGCCUAUACCCAGAGAGGAAGCUCGAACAACCGAAACCAUCAAUGGAGAGCCACAGCUUCUUUUGGACUGUCAGAGGUUCCUUGAGAGACCCACAGAGAUGCAUGUAACGUCCAGCCAGACUCCAGCCAUCUGCACAGCCCCUCUAGAUCCCCCUGACACCUUGAUUGUCGUGAGCGGGACCGACAAUAUCGAGAGAAGUGCGUCUUCACCUACAGUGACUCCUCCUUGUCAAACUCCAAUCGGAAGCUCUGCCACAAACUCCUUUCUUUCGGCCAUCAAGAAUAGUCUAGCGGAGCAGAAGAUGACUUUCUCGAGCCGUCUCACAUGA